CUCAGCUCGGUGGCUCCUACAGAGCUGAGCGCCACCGACGGGGACUGAGCGCGUGGUGCGUGUAUUUGAUGCCGUCUUGGAGUUACGUCACGACGCAACUUUGUCAAGGGAAUUAUGAGAAACGUGGAGCUGUGAUUUGUUGUUUCUUCAAUUGACAGCUGCAAAGUCAGAGGAGAUGGAGAACAAGGCCAUGUAUCUGAGCACAUAUGAAGAGAGAGAGAGCGGCUCCAUGUACGAAGAGGCCUACGAUGGACACAACUUGUCCAAACUCAACCUUUGUGAUGAAGGUUCUGGUAAGCGACGCAGGAAGCAGGAUCCGUGCUGUGCUCACAUGAACUCCCUCUCAGCCAUCAAGUACGCCAUCGUUGCCCUCUACGUCCUGGUUUUUCUCACCAUCUUUGGACUCUGCCUGGCAGUGUCUCAUUCCCAGCUGUCUUCUAAACGGCAGGAGGUGCUGAUGGAGAACGCGACCCGGCUUUCUGAGCGCUCUCGGUCGCUCCAGCCGACGCUGGACGAGGCGUCCACUCAGGCCGACCUGCUGGAGAACAUCUGGAAACUGGAGAAUCUCUUCACAAAUCACAGCGAAUGGUUUCAGAGGCUAGAGACCCUCAUUAAGGGCCUGGAGGUGGAGCUGAGGAGCAUUCAGGCUCACUCCCUUCAGUCAGAGGGCUACCUGGUACAGCUGGACGACAGGUUGUCGUCCCUGAGCAGCUCCACAGGCAGGAACCUGACAGGCCUGAGUGCAGAGGUGUCCCGGGCCUCCACCUGGCUCCAAGACCAGGACCUCCUCUUCAGGGAAACCUCAGGAAAGGUGAGCAGACUGAGAGAGAAACUGGACGAGGUCAAUUGGACGGUGGGAGCUGUCAAUCACACCUUCAGCAACGACAUCAGUAUUCACCACCUGAAGAUACAAGACUUGCAGAUACAGAUCAGCAACAUAACAGAGGACACCAGCAGUUUAUGGGUGACCCACGUCCACACAGAGGCUCAGCUGAGGAACGAGAUGGAAAUCCUCAACACAAUUACAGAGGACCUCCGUCUGAAGGACUGGGAGCACUCGUUGGUCCUGAAGAACCUCACCAUAUUUGAAGGCCCUCCAGGGCCAAAAGGAGAGAAGGGUGAUAACGGACCAUUGGGGCCCCCCGGGGCUCCUGGGUUGACAGGCCUGCGAGGGUUUACAGGAGAAAAAGGGAUCCAGGGCAACCAGGGAAUUAAAGGGUCAGUCGGAGUCAGCGGUUUCCAUGGAGAAAAGGGGGAAAUUGGGCCUGCUGGUCCCAGAGGUGACAGAGGAGAAAGAGGGUUGAAGGGAGAAAAGGGUGACAGAGGGGAGAAAACAGUGGAGGAGACACUAGUGCGGCUGGUGAACGGGUCAGGCCCUCAUGAAGGCCGUGUGGAGGUGUUCCAUGAACGGCGCUGGGGUACUGUGUGUGACGACGUCUGGGACAAAAAGGAUGGAGCCGUGGUGUGCAGGAUGCUGGGAUACGGAGGAGUCGCUGAGGUCCAUAAGACAGGACGCUUCGGACAGGGUAGUGCUUUGAUCUGGAUGGAUGACGUGGCGUGCGUUGGGACCGAAGACACCAUCCACCAGUGUAAGUUUUCUGGCUGGGGCAAAACCAACUGUGGCCACGUGGAGGAUGCUGGUGUGACGUGCGUUGUCUGAAACCUCCACGAUGCUGCAACGGCCGCACGCCCCCCCACGCAGUGCCUUCAACUUUCAAGAAGCCACGAGACGCACAGCGUCGCACCAUCGGCAGUGUGAUGUUUUUUUUACCUGCGGGAAAAGUGACAAACUUCCAUGUUGUGCAUGAAUCUGCAGCUUUCUUAGAAGUUCAUGAGUUAACAUUUGAUAGUUUUAGCUACGAGACUGGAUCUUGGGAGCAAGGAAAAUGAUAACACUUUUGAGCAUGUUUGAGGAACCACUUGAACUGGGGUCGACGGUACGACAGGACGUCUUCAGUGGAGGCCGGAGGUCAGCCUGCAAAAGCUGCAUCUGCCCUCAGAGGCUCUUAUGGGGCGCAGGUUUACUGCUUGGACCUCGUUUGGGAAUUAGAACAUGAUCCAACAACUUCCCCCUCUCAGCGCCAAGUUUCAAGUUUUUGCAGAAGUUGACAACCUGUUCCUUCAUUUACAGGCAGCUGCUUUUCACAGUAUCAUCGAGCAAUGGCUUUUGAAUGAUGAUGAACAUACACCGUUUUGACCUCCUACACACCAUCAUUAGCUAAGAAUCAAUCCUUUGUUGAUUAGUAGGUCAAAAAUAAAGGUUAAAAAAUGCACCUUUUUUGCUAUUUUUAGGGUGGCCUGUAGAGAUUUAUUCCCAAAACAGAUUGCAUGUACCCAUGAGGUCCAACCAUUGUCACGGAAAUUUCCUUCCGCGGACACAUUUCACCGAAGCAUUGUUCGCUUCCAUGUUUGCUAGUUAGCAGUCUUCUUCUUCCUUGGCUUUUUUGGCAAAGUACUUUGUUUCUAUGUGCAUUACUAACAAAGCUGUAUUUUUUCCGCUCUCCUCUGAUAUU